GAUUUUCGAACACCGCCGGCGAGUGACCGAUUGUUGAUGUUUUUAUUUGACUUUUAUGUUUUUUUUUCUGUCAACCAUCUGUAGAGCUUCAUUUUACUUGUUGAACAGUCUGUUUUGGGAAAUUGAAAAACCGUGAGUGAAAGUGUUAAGAUCUGUGAUUGAGUUUAGAUUUACGAUGGACAAAUAUUCCAUCAGUAAUUUGGUGGGUGAAGGAUCGUUUGGAAAAGUGUACAAGGCGAUCGACAAGCAGAACAAAACAACCGUAGCCCUGAAAAUCAUCAGCAAGAGAGGGCGAUCAGGCCGGGAACUGAAAGGACUUCGUGGAGAAUGUGAAAUACAAAGAAACCUGCAACACCCGAACAUCAUUCGCAUGUUGGAUUCGUUCGAAACGGAGAACGAAAUUAUCGCCGUAACGGAAUUCGCAAAAACCGAUCUACAUAGCUUGCUUCGUGAUGGAUCACUUGGAGAACCAAAAACGCAGAAGAUCACUUACGAUCUGGUGUCGGCGCUGUAUUACUUGCAUUCGCAUCGGAUUCUACAUCGGGAUUUGAAGCCGCAGAAUAUUCUCCUGGACAGGAACAUGACGGCAAAGCUGUGCGACUUUGGAUUCGCUAGAAACAUGACGAUGGGAACUCACGUUCUGACGUCCAUCAAAGGAACUCCUCUCUACAUGGCUCCAGAACUGCUGGAGGCCAAACCGUACGAUCAUCAUGCUGAUUUGUGGUCUUUGGGUUGUAUCAUAUAUGAAAUGCUUGCUGGAGAACCACCAUUCAGUUCCACUUCAAUGAUUCACCUGGUGAAACUUAUCAGGAAUCAGUACAUAAAAUGGCCCAGUUUUCUCACCUCGAAUUGCAUUUCUUUUGUGCAAGGAUUACUAGAGCGGGACACCAGUCAUCGAAUGCCAUGGACCACUAUCAUAAAUCACCCUUUUGUUAAAGGUCACAUUGUUAUACUGAAAGAGGACAUACCCGAGUCACCCUUCACGAAUCCACUCACCGCUUCUCAAAGCAGCGAGAAGCGGAAGCAAACGAAUCGAAUAAUUUACGGUGAAAAUUACGAAUACUUAAAGUAUGGAACGAAGCGUCCAACAAAAGCAGCGAAAGGGUUGAACGAGGAAGAUCUGGCUUCUUCUAGGGACAGCAUGAAUGUUAUUCUGCAGAGUGAUAUGGAGUAUGCGGAAACAGAUGCAGAAGAAGCUGCUGUGACCUUGAUCCCCAAAAGGAGUUCACCAGAUAACGAUAAAAAUCCUAUGAAGGAAAGUGAUGAAUCGCGUCGAAUCAAUCCGGAAGGUUUCACCGUAGAAUAUCAUCAUCCUUUGGGCGAAAACGCUGAACUCGUCCAAGACAAUCCCAAUCUGGUGAUGAACAACUUCAACGACAACUUCCCUCUCCUGGACAAAAACGCGCAAAAGUUCAUCUCCACUGACGAACUCGCAAACAGACUGAAUAGCAUUAACCUACAAAAUCAAUCGCUCAAAUUCAAAUCCCAAGAGCUGGAGCGACGAAAACUCAGCCAAAACAUCGACAACUUCUCCGUGCGUCUCGAAUCCGAGCGAAAUGCCCAAACCAACACUCAAAAGUCAACCGACGAUCUCCCUCAAUCCGACAAGAAAUCAGAAAAGAUCACUCCAACCCUGCUGCCAGGUUGGGACUCCUGUGACGAAUCGCAAAAUCCCCCGAUCGAAAACGAAGAAUGGCUCGUGUUCCUCCAGAAGUCCAUGCAGGAAAUCCUGGACGGCGAACUGGACUCCCUAAAGCAGCAGAACUUCGUCAGCAUAAUCGUGGCCCCGCUCCGGAACUGCCGGGCCAGUGCCAAAGUCAUCGAAAACGUCGCCCACCUGCUCAGCCUGCCCCUUUCCAUCGAUGCCCCUCCCGCCAUACUCCACGACAUCCUGAGCGUCUACGCCGAACUGAAACUCGUCCCCAACCUGGUGUACGCCUCCAAGCUUCUCUGCAACAAGAAGCUCAACUCGUCCAACAGCGAAAGUCAGUCGUCGCCCAUCCCCACUCCUCUGACCACGUCCAACUCCUCAAUCCGAUUGCUCUCCUCGCUGGACUGCGACGAGGUCAAAACCCUGACGGCCGUGUACGAUCUCAUCUGCUUCCUGAUCCACUCCGGGGAGAACUUCCUGAAGCAGUUCUGCGACGCGAUCGAAAUCCUCGGCGUCAAGGAGCUGUUCGUGAACUUCAUCAACGCCGUCCGAUCGAGCGAGGAGUACGUGCGGUUGAGCUGUGCCAUCCUGGCCGUGCUGAACUGUGCCUUGCGGGAGCUGCCGGAGAAUGCGGAAAUCGUGGAGCAGAUCGUGUUUCACGAGAAUGUGAACCUGAUUCAGAUGCUUCGGCACGGGGACUCCAUUUUGAGACAUAGAACGUGCAUGCUGCUGAGAAUUUUGGCGAGGUUCAGCUGCUUGGCCCUUCAAAAGCACUGGAACAACGAAAUCAAAGAGUCGUUGGAGAAUCUGCUGGAAGAUCAGGAUGUCGACAUAAAUAUGGAAGCAAAAUGUGCAUUGGACGAAUUUAAAUACCUUUCCUUUAUAACGGCUGAUACGGCGAGUUGAAUAAAUAUAAGCUACAACA